CAAAUUCUCUCCAUAAACUCUCUCAAAGCCUAGAAAGUCCUCAGAAGUUAGGGCUAAUCAUUUGCAACUCCGACGAACGAUUCAUCUUCUCCAACAAGUAGAUAGCAAUGGAUACUUCAAGUCCUUCAGCUUUUGUGAACGGAGCUUUGUUGAGGAGAUUCAUUGGCCAAAAAGUCAGAACUGUGAUUCAAGUGACUGGUUCAGAGAUUGGAUCUGUGGUUGGCAAAUCUACUGAUGAUCUUCAGAUCGUUGUUAGAGGAUCGUCUCCUCCUUCUCCUCUUACUACUUACCUUGAGGUUAUUGGAAUUGCAGAGAGUGAUAACGCUAUUCGAGCUGAAACUUGGACCAAUUUUGGCAACACUUUUGAUACACAGAACUACAACGAGCUAUGUAAGCUAGCAAAUGGGGAGUUCAAGCACUUGUUCAUCUAAUGUUGUGAUGAUGAUUAUGAUCAUGGAAGCGAUUCCAUUAAAACAUUUUGUAGAGAUGCUUAUGCUUUAUAUGUAUUUGAUGUCUCACCACUUUCUGGUUCUAUGAUUUUAUUUACUUAGUAUAUGUAACAACUUCUUAAUCUAUCACAACUAAGCUUAAAUUGCUGUUUUGUUAAUUGAGGUACCAAAACACAAAACAAAACACUAUUUUCUUCUUGGCAGCUAAGAUUUUGCUCUGGAUUUAGAAUUGUAUUGUUGCUUUAUCUAUAGGA